ACGUAUGAGGCCUGUAGCUCAAGUCGCCAUUUUCUUGCCAUCGAAAACGAACCGAGAAGACCAACUGACGGCGGCGGAAAAAUACCGUCGAGUUGGGCCAUAGUUCUUCAUGGUUGUCGGCCCAACCGUUAUCUCGAUGAAUUAAUGGACUGUCUGCUGCUACGUGGUAAUGCUAUUGGUCCGGCUGCUGUAGCUUGGUUCGGGUGUCGGAGCUGGAAGAUGGAGGACCAGACGGCCCGGGAAGACGCCUGCAGGGAGUACCAGUCCUCGCUGGAGGACCUGACGUUCAACAGCAAGCCGCACAUCAACAUGCUCACCAUCCUAGCCGAAGAGAACAUCCAGUUCGCCAAGGAUAUCGUGGCUAUUAUUGAAGCUCAAAUCAGCAAGGCGCCGGCCGCUGAGAAGCUCCCAGUUUUGUACUUAGUGGACUCCAUAGUGAAGAACGUUGGAGGAGAGUACCUUGCAGUGUUUGCUAAAAACCUAAUCGCUUCAUUUAUUUGUGUCUUUGAAAAGGUGGAUGAGAACACCAGGAAGAGCCUGUUCAAGCUUCGCUCCACCUGGGAUGACGUCUUUCCGCUCAAGAAGCUCUAUGCCCUGGACGUCCGGGUCAAUUCUCUGGACACGGCCUGGCCUAUCAAGCCGCUGCCGCACAACUUCAACUCCACCUCCAGCAUCCAUGUCAAUCCCAGGUUCCUCAAGCAGCCUGAGGAAAAGGCCCAAACGCAACCGGUCCCGGCCAAGCCGGCGCCGGUGGCCCCAGCCCCUCCACCACCUCCCCAGGCGGUCCCCCAGACAGCCCCGGCCGGGCUGACCCAGGAGCAGCUGAUCCGGCAGCAGCUGCUGGCCAAACAGAAGCAGCUGCUGGAGCUGCAACAGAAGAAGAUCGAGCUGGAGCUGGAGCAGACGAAGGCCCAGCUGGCAGGACAGGGUGGCCUGGUGCUGCCACCACCUAUCGGGUCAGUUCCGGCCGAGUCAAGCCCGUCUCAGAGACCGGGUCAGCAGGUUCCUCCACCCAUCCGGCCCUGGAUACCCCCACAGCCUCCUGCCGACCCCAAGCUGUCCACCAGAGACCCCCGUUUGAACCGUAGUGGACCUCCCACUGCACCCCAGCCGGCUGCCAAGCGGCAGAGCCCGCACCCCCCCGGGGCGUCAGCGGCCCCUGCCGAGAAGAGGGCACCAGAGAAACCCCCCCGGCAGGAAAAAAAUCGGCCCCCCAGGAAGGACCCACCAGAGGAGAAGCUGAAGUCCAAGUCUCCGUCUCCGCUGGCCAGAGGCCUACAGAGCAGGAGCAAACAGGCAGAGGCGGAGACACCCAAACCCGCCGAGGCCCCUAGGAAGGACCCUCGGCUGAAGAAGCGUCUGUCGGAGAAGCCAGCCGAGGCCAAGGACGACGACGUGAAGGAAAAGAAGCGCUGCGUGGACAAGAAGGAGCGGGACGAUGCGCCGCGGAGAGCCGAGCCACCCAGGUCCAACAAGACCAAGCCUCUGAACGGACUGGCGCCCAAACACGACCAUCUGGAGCCCGCCGACAAGCCCGACCCAAAGCCUGGCACCGCCACUACCCGCAGGAAGCGCACACAUUCCCGGUCCCGCUCACGAUCACCCACCAGCUCCCCCAAGAGGAAGGACCGCCGCUCUCCCAAGAGCCAUGCCCGCAGCGGCUCCCUGUCACCAUCCCACAAGGCUGGGAAACCUCGGAGGGUCCGUGGUGACGACACCCCCCACGGCAAGCCAGGCCGAGAUGACCGGCCCGGCGCCAAGAAGGCCCAGUCGGACAGCAGGAGGCCAAAAAGGCUGCAGGAGGAGCGCCGCUCCGAAUCCAGGGACUCCCACUCCCCACGAGGUCACGACGGGGUCAAGGAGGCCAAGGAUUCACAGCAUCGCUGGAGGAGUGGCUGGGAGGAGAACAAACACACAAAGCAGCCUGAGGACUCCCACACCAAGUCUGGACCCCCCCGACACAAACCCCAUGGCACCCCGACCCGGCCUGGCACCCCUAGGAACCAGAAGAUCCGUCUCAGCGUUGACGCCAACCUACAGAUUCCUGAAGUCCUCAACUCCGCCUCCAAGAAGGACCUGCUGAGGAGGGCCAGCAAGCGUCUGGAGAGCGGAGAGAUUUCCCAGGAGGACUUCCUGAACAUGGCACACCAGAUCAAACACUUCUUCCAGUACCAGGAGGAGAAGCAGCAGCGCUCGGAGAACUGGGACGAGUCCGGAGACUUCUCCAUGAAGAAGCCGUCCAUUCCCCGCCCCCAUGACACAAUGGACGCAGCUGAGCUGUCCUACUACGAGCACAAGUCCAAGCUGAGGAAGACUCAGGUCAACCACAGAGUCACAGGCGAGGAAGGCCACGAGACUCCGGAGGAUGUUGGGGAGCCGAGACCAGGAGAGAAACUGGGAGGACGGAGCGGUGGACACCCAUACGGACGGCCAGGUGAACGGAGGAGCAAGGAGCGAGAGGAGGUGCGGACCCCUCUGGCCCCCAUGGUGGAGGAGUACAACCACGGGAAAGAGUUCCCCAAGCUGAAGGGGCUCCGCUUCCGCAGGAGGGACCGCCCUGGAGAGUCCAGUGAGCGGGAGUGGACGUCGCCACUGACGGAGCGACAGCUCUACGACGACGAGCACAAGAGUGGCUAUGACGCCCCGCGGAGAUACGGCCCUGCUGACACACGCCGGCAGGACGGGCCCUCCCCCGUCACUGGGGGCCGCAGGAACUCCCCCGGGCCAGCCAGUCUGGAGGCUCCACCCCCUCGAUUUGAGCGGGAGCGCCUGUCGCCUUUACAUCAGAAAGACUCAGCAGACAUGAGUCCGGUUCCUCGCUUUGAAAGUCCCAACAGCGAGCACUCUGACGAGGGGCCCUUGGAUGCCCCCGUUCCUCACCUCACCAGUCUGAAGGGGCCUCCCCGCGGAGGGCCUCUGUCUGGGGUCCGACACAGCGACUCCCCAGGGCACACACCGCCCCAUGAAGGAGGACAUCCCCCCUCGCGCUACAGUGGCCCUGGGCACAUGGGCCCCUCCAGACCGCACCGGCCCGGCUGGUAUGAAGGUGGUGGCCCCGGCCGUUUCGAGGAGCCGCAGUUUGAGGGCUCCCACCACCCUGGCCCCGGCAGAUUUGAGGGCCCUGCGCACCAUAAUAUGGCAGAGAGGACUGAGGGCUCCGGGCCCUGUGAGGGUCUCCGCAUGGCCAUGAGAGGAGGAGGAGAUGGGCCGUUCGAUGGGCCCCCCCAGGGCCCCAGCAGGUUUGGAGGCCCUGUAGGCCAGCAGCAGUCGGUCAGGUUUGAGGGACAGAUGGGGGGGCCUGGUCACUUGGAGGGCCCCAUGCAGCGUUUCGAUGGGCCAGGGCCCUUCAACAACAUGGGUCCUGGCCCAAUGGGCUUCCAGCAACAGCGGCCCCUCCGCUUUGAGGGCCCCACUAACCAAAUGGGUCCAAUGAGAUUUGACGGCCCCAGUCGCUUUGAGGGCCCUGGACCAGGCCCCAGGUUUGAUCUGCCUGGGGGCCCCCACCAAGCGGGACCUCAUCAACCUGGGCCCCCACGCUUUGACUAUGCUCCUGGCCAGCAGGGUCCGCCCAGGUUCCCCCCCCAGCACAACAUCCAGCUGCCCAUGCAGCCGAUGGCCCCGCCCCUCUAUGACGGCCCCAUGGGCCCCCAGCAGAGCUUCGGCAUGGCCCCCCAGCGGUUCCCAGAACCCAUGAACCCUCAGUUCACCCCCGGCCCCAACAUGCUGCCGGCAGCAAACUUCAACAUGCAGCCGGUCCCGUUCAGCCAGCCAGGCCCCGGGCCCUUCUACAACCCUGCAGCUCCCGCCAUCAGCAUGCAGCAGCCGGGCUCCAUGAUGGGGAACCUGAACCAGCCCUACCUGCCUCAGAACCCAGUGCCUUUCGGACAGCAGGCUGCGCAGGCGGCUCCUGCAGAGAACCACUUCGGUCAGCUGGACGUCAACGACCUUCUGUCCAAGCUCAUCUUCAACGGCAUCAUCAAGCCGCCGUCACAGGCUGAGUCUUCGCAGACCGCCAGCGAGGCAUCGUCCACGACAACUGCCCCGACUCCAGCUGUGGAGGAGGAGGAAGAGGAGGACCCGGAGGUGGAGGAGGAUGAAGACCUGCCGGAUCUGACCAGCUUCAGCAUCGACAGCAUGAAGCAGCGCUAUGAGAGCGUGGUGACCAAGCUGUACUCAGGGAACCAGUGCUGCCUCUGCAGCAUGCGCUUCACGGCGGCGCAGACCGACCUGUAUGCUGACCACCUGGACUGGCACUUCAGGCAGAACCAUGCCGGCAAGGUCGCCAGCAAGAAGGUCACACAUCGCCGCUGGUACUACAGCCUGACGGACUGGAUCGAGUUUGAGGAGAUCGCCGACCUGGAGGAGCGUGCAAAGAGCCAGUUCUUUGAGAAGGAGAACGAGGAGGAGGUCCAGAAGAAUCAGGCGGCCGCCAAGGAGAAGGAGUUCCAGAGCGUCCGCGCCACCAAGGACCAAGUGGGAGAGUCGUGUGAAAUCUGCCAGGAGCCGUUUGAGACGUACUGGGUGGAGGAAGAGGAGGACUGGUUCCUGAAGAACGCUGUCAGAGUGGAUGACAAGAACUUCCACCCGGCCUGCUUCGAGGACUAUAAGAAGACGUCGUCCUACCUGGACGCAACGCCGUCCCCCAGUCGGCUGCUGGCCGAACACCCACUGGGCGCAUUCGUCAAGACCGAGGAAGAGGAGGCCGAGACUUCCUGUCAGGUCACUUCCUGUCAGAUCAAACAGGAAGUAGAGGCUGACAUCACUGUUUCUGGUCAGGAGGAACCAGACUCUGAGGCGCCGGCGGACUCAGCCCGGUCCGAGGACACGGCUUGACGCGGCGCCGCUCCUCUUUGUCCUGACGGGUCGAAGAUUUUUACCUCUUGAAUACAUUUUGGUAUUUGGAUAGUUGCGGCCGUUUCUGGGCCGCGGUUCUGUUCGCUGCGGUUCUGUUUGCCGCGGUUCUGAUCGAUUCUGUACGCCACGGCUGUAAAUGAUUUAAUUUAUACAUUAAAGUAUUUUUUGGUAACUCUGGUCUGCAGCUGCUGUCUGUUGCCUAGUUACAUAGUUUGAUUGUUGAUUGGCUGCUCUGGUGAGGAGUCAUCACAGGUGUUGAAGGUAAGCAUCAUCUGAUUGGACGACGUCUCGUUUGAGGAUCUUUUUACUUUUGUUUUUUCUUCAAUAAACGAGUCUGAAACGUUUUUCUGUGUGAAUUCUGGUUCUGAUCCGACUCGGUUCUGCUGUCAUUUAGGUUCAGUCAUUAAAAUAAAGCUUCAGUGGACUCAAA